AUGGCAACUAACGACGCAAAUCCAGUCGUUCCAUCUACAUCAACCGUUCCAGCGUUUUCAGCUACCUCAGCUACUUCAGCCACUUCAGGUACUUCACCGUUUCAAGCUGCUCCACCCACUCCAACCUUACAUCUGGAAAUCGACCCGAUGCAGUACAUUCAAAAUUUGCCAGAAUUUAACGGUAAAGGUAAUGCUAGGGAAGUGUUAGAAAUAAAUAACAAUAUAAAAAAUUGGUCUGAUAUGAAAUCCGUUUUAAUUAAUAAUUUUAGUGACAGUAGAACUGCUUUACAAAUUUAUGAUGAAUUGAGAGCAGUCACUUUUGAUACUCAUAGUGUAGACUUGUUCAAUAAAAUAAAAAAGAUAUUAAGGCAACUUAAUAAUAGGGUAAAGACUGAUCCUAAUUCCGUUUUUACAGUUGCCACGAAUAUCGAAACUGCUUUAAAUAUUUUUAAAGACAAGCUACCGGAACCAAUGCGUUCUAUUUUAUAUUGCAGAAAUCCGGCUACAAUCGAACAAGCCAUGGAUAUUUUGCACGAAAGCAACUAUGCAUUUUAUAGUCCUUUUAAAAAUAAAACAAAUUUCAACAAACCUAGUACACAAAACUUUUAUAAGCCUACUAACGAAAAUUAUUCUUGCAGAAAAAACCAUUCCAAUUACAAUAAUUCUAAUAAUACUAACCAAACUAGAAAUUAUAAUAACAUCAUUAGAAAUAAUCAUUCUUUAAAUAAUAAUUAUACUAAUCAAAAUUCGCAAAAUAAUAAUUUUAAUCAAAGUAGUAGAACUAAUCAGAUUAGUAAUAGUAGUACUAAUAACAGAAAUAAUCAUAGUUUUAAUAGAACAAAUUCUAAUUUUAACUCGCAUGGUACUCAACGCAUCGAACCAAUGGAGGUCGAUACGAGUACCACGCGUAGAGUAAACAACUUAGAAGUUAGUAAAUCGAAGAGAAACUUUGAAAUAGAAAAUUUUUCACUCGCAAGCCUCGAAAAAACAUCGGAGCUUCCUUAUAUAAAAGUUCAAUCAAGGGGAAGACCUUUAAUAUUUUUAAUAGAUUCUGGUGCUUCAAUGAGCAUCAUCAACACAGAAUUCUUAGAAUUAAAAUUCCAUGAUAAAUUCGAUGGGCUUAUAGGCAAUAAUAUUCUAUUGCCGUUCGAAGCUGAAAUUAGUUAUAAAAAUAGAAUUUUAAAAUUGAAUACAGGUAACGAAAUCCCUUUAUGCUUCAAUGAAAGUGAAGAAAAGGAUUAUUGCGUUCCUGUACCUCUACAAAAUACUGCAAUAUUUCAAAACGAAAUAUUUUUGGCACGUAACAAUUUAACUAACGAUAUUGAAGUAGAUGAAAUCAGUUCUGCACACGCGACUAUAGACACUAAUGAAAACGUGGAAACUAAUUCAAAUAAUAGUCCACAUGAAAAUUAUUUGGAUGAUGUGGAAAUACGCUCAACUGAUGCUACUAUUCAUUCUGCGCAAGAGGAUAGUACAGAAUACAUCCCUAUUUCUGAAUUACCUCUAAAUGUGUACAAAACACAAAUUAUUAUUAACAUUGGGCCCCACAUUCAAACUAGAGUAAAAAAGGUCUACGAUAGAACGAGAAAAAUAUUUUACCAUCCUAAACCGGAUGAAAAUUUCAUGAUUAACAUCUUAAAACAUCAUAUACCACCUAAGGGAAUAAUUGGUAUAAUGAUUGAUGACCUCCCAACUUACAAUGAAUUUCGAAAUGUUUACUUAAAGCAUUUUUCAAAAAAUAAAUCGUUAAAAUUAAAUAAGUGUUCGUUUUUACUUGAAGACAUUUUAUGUCGAUAUGAAUUGCAAGAGCUAAUUCUUGAUCAACACCAAAAAACAAAUCACAGAGCAAAAUAUGAAAGGAAACCCUUAAAUCUACCACUAAAAAUUACUGAGACUCCUCACAAACCACUAGAAAUAAUCCACCUUGAUAUUUGGUUUAAAAGCAAAGGAAAUGCUUACCUAACAGUAAUUGACAAAUUCUCGAAACAUGCACAUGUAAUACCAAUUAAGUCCAGAAAUUGGAUAGAUUUAAAAAAUGCCUUUAUGCAAUACAUCUCAUCUUCUGGCAAACCUAAAAAAAUUAUAACAGAUCAGGAAAAGGGCUUUAACAGUUUAAAUUUCAAAAACUUUUUAGAAAAUGAAGGAAUUGCGGUACAUUUUACAACACCCAAUAACCACUCGGGUAAUGCGGAUAUCGAAAGAUUCCACAAUACGUUAAAUGAACAUAUCAGAAUUUUAUACGCAAUACAAAAGGAAGAAAAUUUACCUAUGGACGAAGAUCCAGUUAUAAAAAGUGUUAAAACUUACAAUGAAACAAUCCAUUCCUCUACAGCUCUUAUUUUUAUUGUAAUUGUGUUUUGCAACAUAACUCUCAUUAAUUGUUCACAAAUCGAAAUUAACGAAUUACAAGCUGGAAAUGGUUAUAUCUUAUUACAAGAUUCCGAAUUAAGAAUUACUAAUAUUAUCCACCUACAUAAGAAGACAGAAAUACCUACUAAUCUUUUACACAAUUUUGAACAUUUAAAACAAGAAUUUAUGACACUAAUUCCUUAUCACGUAAAUAAAAGAGGUUUGUUUAAUUUUGUCGGUAGCGGCCUUCACAUUUUAGCCGGGGUGAUGGACGACGAUGAUAGAAUAGAAAUAGAGCAACAUUUCGACAUAUUAAAAGGCAAUAAUGACAAAAUCACUAGAAAUUUAAACCAACAAGUCUACAUUAAUACAAAAUUAUCGGAUCAAAUCCAAAACAUAACAGAUCAUAUUAAUAGUGUUCAAAGUAAAAUUAAAGAAAGUAUUGAUGAGUUAAAGAAUGAUAUAACAAAAAUUGAUUUAAAAUUGGAAUUGUUAAGCAUUAAAUUAGACUUAGAAUUAGAUACCAAAAUAAAUAAAAUAAUUACUUGCAAGCAAAGUGUUUUUGAAGAUACUGAAAAAAAAAUUGUAACAAAAACAGAUCUAAAAAGCUUUGAUGAUAGUUGUAUAGCAAACUUACUAAACAUAAAAAAAAUGAAAUGUAAUUACUUGAAAAAUUUAACUAGCGAUAUUUUUCCAGUAACAGACAAUGAAAGUUAUCAAAAAGAAUAUUCAGCCAAGAUAUUACCGUAUAUAGAACGCGACAUAACGAUCGAAAGGAUAAAAACGGAAUUUAACUUAGAAGAACUAUACCUCAAACACAUUAAUAAUACCGAAAUAAUAGAACAAUUGGAAUACUCUCACACAGUGAAGUGGUACACGAGUGUUGGGACCGAUUGUAUUAUACUAAAUGUUGUUUUUAACAAAAUCCGCACGGAGUCGGAUCUUAAGGGCGGAGGUGUUACGUCACCACCAUGUUUUACUCUGCAUGACACGCUGAGUAAAACAGAAUUGCCCGGGCAUUCAUCAAUAAAUUCAAAUAAAGAUUGCCCUCUACCGUUUCAAUAA